AUGGUCACCAAGAAGCUCCUCGAGAAAAUCUUUCCCAGGUAUGACAUGCCUCAAGCAUUGAGGUCGGACAACGGGCCCACUUUUGUCUCCCAAGUAAGUCAGUUGGUGGCCAAAUUGCUGGGGAUUGAUUGGAAAUUACAUUGUGCCUAUAGACCCCAGAGUUCAGGUCAGGUAGAACGCAUGAAUAGAACAAUUAAGGAGACUUUAUCCAAACUUACGCUUGCAACUGGCUCAAAGGAUUGGGUGGCCCUCCUUCCCCUAGUUCUAUAUCGGGCCCGGAAUACCCCGGGCCCCCAUGGUCUAACUCCUUUUGAAAUAAUGUAUGGAGCACCACCCCCAUUUGUCCAUUUCUUUGAUUCAAACAUUGCUGAUUUUGUUGACAGCCCUUCUCUGAGGGCCCAUUUACAGGCCCUACAGAUUGUGCAGAGAGACGUCUGGAGACCUUUGGCCACUGCUUACCAGGACAAGCUUGAGCAUCCGGUGGUGCCACACCCGUUCCAGAUUGGAGACACCGUGUGGGUGCACAGACACCAGACCAAGAAUCUCGAGCCACGGUGGAAAGGACCCUACACCGUCCUCCUGACUACCCCGACCGCCCUAAAGCCCUUCUCUGAGGGCCCAUUUACAGGCCCUACAGAUUGUGCAGAGAGACGUCUGGAGACCUUUGGCCACUGCUUACCAGGACAAGCUUGAGCAUCCGGUGGUGCCACACCCGUUCCAGAUUGGAGACACCGUGUGGGUGCACAGACACCAGACCAAGAAUCUCAAGCCACGGUGAAAAGGACCCUACACCGUCCUCCUGACUACCCCGACCGCCCUAAAGGUAGACAGAGUCUCGGCUUAGAUCCACACACCACACGUCAAGGCAGUCCGGUCUGAGGAAUUGACUAAUAACAACACUACACCCCAGACAUGGAGAGUUCAGCGCACUCCAAACCCCUUAAAGUUAAAACUCCUACGUGGCUCCUCCUAGCCCUUUUGUGGCCUAGAGUCAGUGAGGGAAUAAGCCCCCACCAGACAGAAAUUUCUUGACCAAGUCGAGUGAAAGAUUUCACUCAAAGUUAGCAAAAAAAAAAAUGGGGGAAUGAAAGACCCCAGCUUAACAGCAGUAACGCCAUUUUGCAAGGCUGUACUUAAGAUGACUGGUUCAGGGAAAGGUUAGAACACUGAGUACACAGCGGCUGCCAAGCAAGAUAUGUUUGGUUGAAGGCCUGGCAACAGGACGACUUCGGUUGAGCACCUGACAAUGAAAAAAAGCCCCAGGAGAGGUCCCACACCCUGGUGGGGGGCCGAGUCAGUCGUUAUGUUCCAAGAAGGUAGCUAAGAAACUUGCCCCCGGGCUGAACCCUUGGGGGGCCGAGUCAGCCCUUAUGUUUCAGGAAGGUAGCUAGGAAACUUGCCCCCGGGCUAAACCCUUGCCAUAUUAGAAUCCACCAAUUAUAUCCCUGUAACCAUGCAUCUGCUUCUGUAUGCUUGCUUCUGCUCCCCAAAAUCCUAUAAAAGCCCAUCCUUGGUUCCGUGGGGCGCGCCAGUCCCCCGAGUGACUGAAGCGCCCGCAGGUGCCUGUGCCUGUGUAUCCCGACAAUAAACCAAAUCCUCUUGCUGAUUGCA